ACUUACGUCAGUGUGGGUGUUUCAGUGUCGGCGGCCAUUAUUCUACGUAUAAUAUUAUAAUUUUUUUGUGUUUUGCGCUGCAAUAAAUUUGAAACAAAGAACUGUAUUCCUUUUCGUUAUAAUACACCACGUAAACAUUUUGUUUCAAAUACAUUUAUAGUACAAAAUGAAUCCGGAAUACGAUUACUUGUUUAAACUCCUCUUGAUUGGUGACUCUGGUGUGGGAAAAUCCUGUCUCCUGCUCAGAUUUGCCGACGACACUUACACAGAAAGCUAUAUCAGUACAAUCGGUGUGGACUUUAAAAUUAGGACUUUAGACUUAGAUGGAAAGACAAUAAAGUUACAAAUAUGGGACACUGCAGGACAAGAGAGAUUCAGAACAAUCACUUCGUCUUAUUACAGAGGAGCACAUGGAAUCAUAAUUGUUUAUGAUUGCACAGAUCAGGACUCAUUCAGUAACGUUAAACAGUGGCUAGAAGAGAUUGAUCGCUAUGCGUGUGACAACGUCAACAAGCUGCUUGUCGGAAACAAGUGUGACCUCACAACAAAGAAGGUGGUUGACUAUACCACAGCUAAGCAAUAUGCAGAGCAACUGGGAAUACCAUUCCUCGAGACGUCAGCGAAGAACUCCACGAACGUGGAGCAGGCGUUUAUGACAAUGGCGGCAGAGAUUAAGGCGCGCGUAGGGCCGCCGUCCGCGGGCACAGCGCCCGGCGGACCUGCCGUCAAGAUCGACCAAGGCCGCCCCAUCGACACCGGCAAGUCGUCCUGCUGCUGAACACGACGCACACGGCUGGCGGCAAGUGACAGCGCGUGGGUCGACACUCUGGCCGCUAACCGGCAAUAAAAAUGCAAUUACCACAAAAUGUUUCAUGAUCGCAUCCCUAUUAUAAAUAAAGUUAAAUUAUAUAUAUUAUAGUGCCGAGCUUCUGCUCGUCGUAACGUUACGUCAUAAGCUAACUCCAUUUAAGUUGCUACUGUCCGGUAUAUCGUUAGUUAAAUGGAAAACGAGGUGGAAUGGAUGCGUGUAUGUUUAUACAUGUUUAUAUAUAAUGAGUAUCGUAGGUUAAUUUCGUGCUGUAAUUCCAAUAUAAUAUUCAAGGAGACCGAAAAGUAAAUUAGUUGAGUUGAAAUGUCUUUAAAAAAAAAAGUUGUCUAUACUGAUUAUUGUCGACGGCGACAUAUCUUAAGCGACGUUGUAUUCUGUGUUAAUAUGAACAAACUAUAUAAUAUGUGGCCAAGGAAAAGCUACUUGCGAGAUAUAGAGUAUGAAACGAUGUUAAUAUCUUUGUAAUUUUUUUACAGACAAAUAACGUUUAAAGUCAUUGAUUCCAUUGAUUAUUUACUCGUUGGCAUCACUUAAACAAAAACAGAACUGAAUAUUUGCCAGAAUCGUUUAGGUUCUAUUUGAUAAUGUGUUUUUAUUGCCGUGAUACUGUUACAGAGUGCCUAGAAAGAACGCAAUCUUCUUACAAUACUGGGAAACAGUUAUUGUCACUAGAUGGCGCUUUUUGAAUUCCACACAAUCGUAGUUUACGUUAACGCGAUCGAAAAGUUAGCUAGAAAAUCUCACACUAGGAAUUCUGAUCACAAAAAACAAUGCACAAUAUACGCGGAUUUAGUUGACCGUGUAAUACGCGUGAUUUACACUUUGUCAGGUGUCAAGUGAUUAGUGAAAUCAGCGUGUAAAUAAGGUUCCGCUUUGUUUACAUUUGACCAUCACUGUAUUUUUGUACUCUUUGGUGUUCAAUAAAUAUGUAUUUAAUUAUUCAUUUGUCACUUAACGUAAACUGAUCACUUAUUAAGUGCGCGUGCACUUAAUAAAGUGUAAAUCAGGUCUUUGGUUUAACACCAUACAUAAACUUACGUAGCUGGUACGAUCCACCCAAUUUUAUGCUAUCAAAUAGUGCCUUCAAUUAACUUCUUGGUCUUCUAAAAUAUAAAAUACAGGCUAGACCUGAGCGCGACGCAAUAUGCGAAAUGUUAUGUGUUUUUGUAUCUAGUUUAAUGAACCUUGUGAGAUCAUCGGUUCUUGAGGUGAACAGUUAAAAAUGGCUAUCCAAUACGAGUUUGAUGAUAAAUUUAAUACAUGGUCAAUUUUUACCAGAAUUGUUAAGGUCGAAGUGUAAUAUUAAUAUACUCUUUUUAAACAUUUUGGAUUUUACAAUGCCGAGUUAAUCGUAAGUUUAGUAGGUACCUACAUGGUUAAUAUUUAUCAGAAUAAUAUUUCGAUAUUUGUCUAAAAAUAAAAAUGUUUCCAGCCUAAUAAAGCUCAUCAAGUUUUAGGAUUUUGCCGUGUUUCGGUACUUACUCUUGAUUACUUUACUAAAAUUACUUUUUAAUACAUCAACGGUUUGGGAGUCGCCACCAAAUAGUCUAAUAAACUCGAAAAAAAUUCACUACGUAAGUAAUCAUUAAGAAAAAUUUGAGAAAACUAUAAAAAGUUACUGUUAAAAAUAACAAUGUAUUAAGUUUACAAUAAAUAAGUUUGGAGUUAUUACGGGGAUCGUAUAAAAUGUAGCUCAACUGAUUGCUUAUCUAUUUGUGCUGAUGACGUGAUCUGCCUUUUUAUUCCUGAAGCUCUUAAAGUUUUAGUACGAGAUGGUUAACCUCGCAAGCUUCGAUAGUUUUCGAGUAUUUGAUAGAAAGUUGUUCUUAUAGCCGGAUUAUUUGGGUGGAACGUUAUGAAAUAAUAAUCGAUAUCUGUCUAUAAAACAGUCGUCAUAAGGUCCAAUAUACUUUGACUUAUAGUCUUAAAUACUGGGAAUCCAAAAAAACCAUACAAGCGAAAACAUCAUGGCGAAUCUUGGACUUAUCUCUCGCGGAGGUGAACCCUAACGUGCUGGCCACGGGAUAUAAUAUAUACUCGGAUACGUCCAUAUAUUUGUGUCAAUCACUAGACUUCACGCAGAAGUAGCCAGCAACAGCUCGGGAAUUAUGAUUUGAAAAUAGGCGUUUGUGACGAUUGUUAGCAGAUUUGCGUGUAAUCUAAAUCAUCAGAGAUCAGUUGCGCUGCCAACUUUAUAAAAAAGGAAAAUUCUGUUGAUGUUUGUAAGUACAUGUAAUUCGAACUUAACCGUGUCUGAACGUUGUCCAUUUCGUGCGUAGGCUAAUUUUGUUAGUCCAAGCUUCUGUUGAGUUUCUUCGUUUUAAUCGUCACCGAGGUACUAAUUUUUUUUUAUAACUUCGUCUGCACUGGGUGUUAUUCUGUAUAGGUAUAUAAUGUUAUUUAUCUCGAAGAUUUAAAUCGUAGAUAAACCCUUACCUUCAUUUAACAUCGGCUAAACAGUGUGCGAACUCACUCAUUUAUAAGUGUCAACAGUGGCCGAAAAAGCUAGACAUACAAUGAAUGUCAUACGGCAGAGAUCUUAAACUGAUUGGUAAUAACAAUUUACAUAGUGCCAGGGCAUAUUUUCGAUUGAAGUUUUUGAUUUAUAAUAUAUCUAUCUUAAACGCGUACUGGGGUUGUGCUGUGUUCAAAAUUUUGUGUUAGAAUCCCUUAUUUCGAAGACUUAACGUAGGUGUAUAUUUUAACACAAAAUUGUAGAUAUAGCAAAUUGGCCUUAGUGAAAUUAGACAGAUGUAUAGUAAACUUACGUAUAGCCAUCGAUUACAAUCAAGCGGGAACAUAGUAUUAAUUAAAAGACAUAUUCAAUAAUAUAUACCGAUGAUACUAUCACUUUGAUGAUGUGAUAAUUAAAAAAAAUAUAUAUGCAUAUGUAUCGCUCGAUGUUUUAAAUAACAAUAUGUACAGCUGCAUAGUUUGAGAUAUGUUAAGGAAAUCGUGCUAAUUUAGUUUCAACUUUUUUCCUAUCCAUCCUUCUGACAAAGGAUGGCACUAUAUUAAAACCUGUCAGUUUAUGGAAUAGGUAUACGCAUUUAUCAAUUAUGAUAGUAAAUUCUUUAACAUAAAAGAUACAUUUAUAAUGAUAUUUUAACGUAAAUCUGUCGCUGGGUCGAAAUAUCUAUAGUGAAAAAAUUGUGUAUAUGUAAAUUAUUGUGAAAAUAAUACUUUAAAAUUAUGAAAAUUCAUGUUUGGAUGUACAAGGCAAUUAUGAUUACACAGCUGCCGGGUAUUGUAUGAAAUGUAUUGUUAAAAGAUUGUAACAUUGUAGCCCUCUUAAAAUAUCCGUGGAGAAUCUAAAAAGUAUUUUGCCACGCUCUGACAUUUGAAAGUUGCGGUUAGUUGAAGUGUGACAAAAAAACCUGCGUUACUGUUAACGCGACGUUACGGGACGUUUAUCAACAAGAGCAGUGUUACGAUUAUAAACAUUUAAGCUGUCUGCUAUUUAAUAUACAAUUUCAAAUUAAAGAAAUUUACUCACUUGCAAUAAUAUUCCCAAAAAAAACCUCAAACGGAAAUGUAUACUACUUUUGAUAAUUCAUAAAUUGAAAUCGAUAUAUAUCAAGACCGGGUCUAAAAGUAUUGCUAUAUUUUUCCAUACGUUACAUUGCACGUACCUAUUCCAUUAGAGAUUUGUGUGAAACUGAAUUAGCACUAAGCCUUUGAUAUUUUAAUAAGGUUGGAUACGCCAAGGUAAAUGAAAACCUAUUGUAUUGUCAGUAUCAAUUUAAAAUAUAUUCAUCCAGUGAGUUAUAUGUGAUAUUGGCAGAACGUUUUGCACAUUAUUUAUUGUUAGCGCAAGUACUUACAAGUCAUAAACGAGAAAUUAAUUACCAACUUAUAAAUAGAACCUUUGUUUCUCAUCAACUUAAAUCAUUAAGUAUUAUGAAUUCAAAAACUAUAAUGCAUUGUUAUUUACAAUAUCGGGCCGAAUGAUAAAUUAUUUUAUUGUUUCGAUAAUAUUAAUUCUAACUUACUGUAAUGUUAUUUUUGUACUAUUAUGUGAAGAAUGUUAAGUUUACUUAAUCGAUCCGCUAACCCACUGUAAUUCUGUAUUGAGGGUUUCUUAGAAAUUAAAACAGUAUGCUAUUAAAAGA